CUUGUUCCUCAUUUUAAAAAACUCUUAGUAAUAAAGAAACCGGAGAGAAGAAAGAUUCGUGUUUUUCUUUUUGUGAUCUGAGCAGUAUAUAUUGGAGAUACAGUAAAGCCAUUUGAACGAUCGUUAUUAUAAAAUAAAUUGAUUGUUGUUUUUGAAUUCAUCCACACACACACUUCUAUCAAAAUGUUGCGUAUGCGGGUAGCGUUGCUUCUCAUCUUUUUAUCAGGAGUAUUGUCUGAGAAUUGUGAAAACAGUAACUCAGAGCUAUGCGCAUCUAAAAAUGCACAGGAACAAUCUUUAAAAUCUCCAAGCUCUGUUUAUGAUUUUCACGCAGUUGAUAUCCAUGGAAAUGAUGUUGACUUGAACAGAUACCGUGGUCAUGUAUUAAUCAUAGUUAAUGUUGCUAGCAAUUGUGGAUUAACCGAUGCUAAUUAUAAACAACUUGUGCAAUUGUAUGAAAAGUAUGGAAGUUCAGGAUUGAAAAUACUUGCAUUUCCAUCUAAUCAAUUUGGUGGACAAGAACCGGGAACUUCUCAAGAUAUUCUUAAUUUUGUUAAGAAAUAUAAUGUUACUUUUGACAUGUUUGAAAAAGUAGACGUCAAUGGAAAUAAUGCUCAUCCUUUGUGGAAAUGGUUGACCAAACAAGAUGGAAACAUUAAAUGGAAUUUCACCAAGUUUAUCAUUAAUAAAGAAGGCAACAUUGUAGCCAGAUUUCCUCCUAACCAUGAACCAUUACAAAUGGAACCUAUUUUACAAGAAUAUUUGUAAAUCAUACUUUAUGGUAGAUCUAUGUUUAAGUAUCUCAGAUAUAUCAUAUCAAAAUAUAAUAUUAACAUAUAGUGUAACAUAA